GAAACACUACCAGUUAGCGCGCGUCAUUGAAAAAUAGAAAAUUUCUAUAAAAGUGACUGAGCGAUCAGAUUAUCUCUGAUCAGAUUGACAAUGCCUCCCAAAAAGGGAAAGAAACCAGACAAGGGACCCAAAGAAAAUGAUGGAGAGCAAGCUUCAGGGGGAAAAACAAAGAAAGGAGGAACUUCAGUUAAGGUGAGACAUAUUUUGUGCGAAAAACAUUCAAAGGUCAUGGAAGCAAUGGGUAAAAUAAAAGAAGGGCAGAAAUUUGAUGAUGUUGCAAGAACAUACAGCGAAGAUAAAGCAAGACAAGGGGGUGAUUUAGGCUGGAUGACAAGAGGCUCUAUGGUUGGUCCUUUUCAAGACGCUGCAUUUGGUUUAGAAGCAAGCACAACAGCAAAACCUGUGUACACUGAUCCACCAAUAAAAACAAAAUUUGGUUACCAUAUUAUAAUGAUUGAAGGAAAAAAAUAAUUUGAAGGAAAAUAAUUUACAAAUUACAAUUUCUUCUUGCA